AUGAAGAAACGAAUUCCAAGCGCUGUUAAAUCAAAAGUUAAGAACAAAACAAAAUCAAGUUCAAGUAGAUGUGAUAGUUUGCAGGAAUAUCUUUUGAGUUCAACUCUUCAUGGUCUACGCUACAUUGGCACAGCUUCAUUAACGAUUUUUGAAAGAGUUUUCUUCACUUUAUCUUUUUUCCUCGUAUUUUUAUUGUCAGCAUAUUUCAUCUCAAAUAUCUGGCAGAAAUGGGAAGAAACGCCUGUUAUCAUUGGUUUGGAUCCAACUGCAACAAACAUCAAGAAUAUUCCAUUUCCUGCAGUUACAAUUUGCAAUAUGAAUCAAGCGAAUAAGAAAUUUGUUGACAGUUUGGUAGAUGAAAAAGACAAAUUAAUCCUGAGAAGUCUUUGCAGACAUGAUGACAAUGCAGUCGAUCAGAAUGAUAAAGCAUCAUGGCCACAAAUGAAACGAUUUCUCAUAAAUGCUUCACAACCAUGCAAUAAAAUGAUUGAAGCUUGCAGAUUCAAGACGGCAAAUUUGAUUUGUGAUCAAAUCUUCAGCAGUGUUUUAAGUGAUGAAGGAAUGUGCUGCACUUUCAACGUAAUUCAUCCAAAACUUAUGUUUAAAAACUUCGAUCCGAAGUAUCAUGUUGAUGAAGGAAUGGAAGGUGACGCCGAUUACAUGACAUGGUCACCAGAGACUGGAUAUGAAAAAACAGACAAGAAACAUUACCCUGUGCCUGCUCCUGGACCUGGCACUAAGAUGGGUUUGACCCUCACUCUCAAUGCUGAUAUUGAAAACUAUUACUGCAGCUCAACCAGAUCUACUGGGUUUAAAGUUCUUUUGCAUUCUCCGAUUGAAACGCCAAAAGUGGCGAAUUAUGGAUUUUUUGUGUCACCUGGUUUAGAGACGAAAGUUGUAAUUACUCCAAAGAUUUCCGAAGCUUCUAAUUCCAUUCGAAACAUUGCAAUCAAACGAAGACAAUGCAUUUUUGCUAAAGAAGCAAAUUUAUCAUACUACGAAUUCUAUUCAAAGAAGAAUUGUGAAAUGGAAUGUGAAUCAAAAUUAACAGAACAAGUAUGCAAAUGCACACUUUACUACAUGCCACGAAAUUUUAAUAAUGCAUCGAAUAUCUGUAAUCGGAAGAAAGCUCCUUGUUAUGAAGAAGUUUUGUCAAACCUCACAAAUUCUUUAUUUGAGGGUUUGACAUGCAAUCAUUGUUUGCCUGCAUGCUUUGAAAUAAAUUACGAGCGAGAGAUUUCUACUUCGAAAUUGCGCAUCGAUGAUAAGAUAAAAGCUGAGGCAAAUGAAACAAAAAAAAGUCCUGAAGAAGUUGUUGAUAACAUGGCGAUUGUUCAUAUUUACUUUAUUGAUAACGCUUAUGGUGGAUUCACGAAGAACGAGCUUUUCGGUUUUACUGAGUUUCUUUCAAACACUGGCGGUUUACUUGGACUUUUCAUGGGAUUCUCAGUGAUUUCAUUGAUUGAAAUCUUCUAUUUUAUUUUAUUGCGACCAUAUUGUGCUUAUAAAAGGAGUAAAGCGAAAGCGAUGGAAGAUCAAAAAGUUCUCAGUAAAUUAUCAUCUCAAAGCACCCAAAUUUACAACACUGGAAUCAAAAGUUUCACAAAUUCAAAUCAUUUUAAUGAUCAAUCGAAUCAACGUGAUCACUUUAUGCGCAGUGAUAAUUUCAAGCAGAGACAAUUCAAUGAUCAUUUACCAUUCAAAUUAAAAAAUGGAUUUGUUUAUGUGAAAAGUAAAAUUGCAAAUGGACAAGUAAAUGAUUCACGGGCACCAUAUCCAUACCAUAAUUAA